UACGUAUAAUCUGAAACUAUAUUAAGAAAUGCAAAUUUAACAUAAUAAAAUGAUGUAUAUAUAAUUUUUUACAAUAAAAACAAAGAUAACCUAUAUGUAAAAUAUUAGUUACAGUGUUCACAUGAAUUUGGCGGGAACAGAGAAUAUUUUAAGUCAAUUCACCGUGUAUAACCUUCGUAACCUUCAUUUGUAAGAGUUUAUUCGAAUAGUUUUAUUUAUUCUUAUAAAAAUGAAUUUACCAGCGAAAAUUAAGAAGUUAGAUGAAGUUGUAGUAAAUAGAAUAGCAGCUGGUGAAAUCAUUCAGAGACCAGCAAAUGCAUUGAAGGAAUUAAUAGAAAAUAGCCUAGAUGCUAAAGCUACAAAUAUACAGAUAAUAGUGAAAGAAGGAGGAUUGAAAUUAUUACAGAUUCAAGAUAAUGGAACAGGUAUUAAAAAAGAUGACAUGGAAAUUGUAUGUGAAAGAUUUACUACUAGCAAAUUACAAAAUUUUGAAGAUCUCAAAGCAAUAUCAACAUUUGGAUUCCGUGGAGAAGCUUUAGCAAGUAUUAGUCAUAUUGCUCUUCUAACUAUAACAACUAAAACGUCUGAUGAGAAAUGUGCAUAUAGAGCAACAUAUAUUGAUAGUAAAUUAAAAGAGUCACCAAAACCAUGUGCUGGUAAUCAAGGUACAACAAUAACUAUUGAAAACUUGUUUUACAAUGUUGCAACUCGACGAAAAGCAUUGUCCAAUGUCUCUGAAGAAUUUACUAAAAUUACAGAUAUAAUAAUAAAAUAUGCCAUACAUAAUCCCAAAGUUGGAUUUAUAUUAAAAAAACAUGGAGAGACAACGCCACAAGUUCGAACAACACAUAAUUCUACUAAAAUGAAUAAUAUAAGGAUAUUAUAUGGAAAUCCAGUGGCAAGAGAGUUAUUAGAGAUUGAGCUAGAAGAUGAAAGUUAUCAAUUUAAAAUGCAUGCACUAAUAACAAAUCCAAAUUACACAAGUAAACGAAUGAUAUUUUUAUUAUUUAUUAAUAACCGUCUUGUAGAAUCUACUCCAAUUAAAAAAAUGUUAGAGGAGACAUAUACAAUAUAUCUUCCAAAAAAGACUCAUCCAUUUUGUUACAUAUCCUUGGAAAUUAAUUCAAAUAAUGUUGAUGUUAAUGUACAUCCAACAAAACAUGAAGUUAGAUUUCUUCAUGAAGACUCUAUAAUUGAAAAAGUAAAAUUGGCUUUAGAUGAAAAGCUAGCUGGUGAUAGUGCUUCAAGAACCUUUUACUUACAGGCACGCUUGCCAAAAGUAGAUGUCACUAAGGAAACUUUGAAAGAAGUUUUACCUGAAUUUGAAAAGGAGAAUUCAGAAAAACAAAAAAAAAUACACCAAAGAGAAUUAAUCAGAACUGAUUCUUCUGACCAAAAGCUUGAUAAAUUUAAUUUUACUAUACAUACUGCUAUGAAAAUUGCUAGAAGUAAUAAUUCUGAACGAAUGGAAUCUAGUAUUCAAACUGAAAAAAUGCUUGAAUUAGAAAUAUCUAAUGAUAUCAAAAAUAAUGUUACUACAGAUGAUAUUUCUAUAGAUGUAAAAAAAAUAGAUAUAGCAAAUAAUGAAUCUGAACAUUUAAAUAUCAUCACAAAUGAUUCCAAACCAUCACAGUCCAUUUCAUCAGAAGCAAUUGCAUCAACAUCAAAUAAUAGUGUUAUAUCUACUAAUAAUAUUAAUUUAAACACUUAUCAAGAAGAAGUUUUACUAAUGUCAGAAUCUGAUUCAGAUGAUUCUUGUAAUGAAGAACAAAAUGGAAUAAAUAAAUGUAAUGAUUCAAUUGCAAAAAAUGCACGUAAAAGAGUAUAUCAAUAUUUCGGUAAUAAGAACAUCGAAGAUUUGGAAAAAGAACUGCCAGAAACAAAACCAAUUAUUAAUAUAAAAGAACAAAAUAAUGAUAAUAAAAUGGAACAAUAUAAUAAACGAUGUACUGAAGAUAAUGUUGAUUGCAUAUCUCAAACAAAUGUUACUAAAGAAAAUAAGUCAAUACAGGAAUUCAAAUCUUAUUCUAUAAACAAUUUUAGAAGAGAAGUAAAAUUAACUAGUGUAUUAAAAUUGAGAAAAGAAGUAGAAGAUAACUGUCAUCAAGGAUUAAGAGAAAUUUUAUCAAAUUUAAUAUUUGUUGGAUGUAUUGAUGAAGUAUCUACAUUGAUACAAAGUGGUGUAAAUUUAUAUAUAUGCAAUACCAAAAAAUUAGCAGAGGAACUAUUCUAUGAAAUUAUGCUGUAUGACUUUGCUAAUUAUGGUGUCAUAAAGUUUUCAGAUCCAAUAUCUCUAUAUGACUUAGCCAUCUUAGGAUUAGAAACUGAAGAAGCAGGAUGGACGGAAGAAGAUGGCCCGAAAGAAGAACUAGCUACAAGCGUGAAAGAAUUAUUACUAGAAAAAGCAGAUAUGAUGAAAGAAUAUUUUUCUAUAGUCAUAGAUAAAAAAGGAAACUUAAAAUCAUUACCAAUAUUAUUAGAUAAGUACUUUCCAUUUGAGGGAGGCUUACCAAUAUAUAUUUUGCGCUUAUCAAUAGAAGUUGAUUGGACUACUGAACAGCCAUGUUUCCAAAAUAUUUGCAGAGAAACAGCAAGAUAUUUCAGUGAAAUGAAUCCUAUUCAUAAUACACACGACUGGAAAUAUGUUACAGAACAUAUUUUAUAUCCAGCAAUUAAGGAAAGUUUAUUACCUCCAAAACAUUUUGCUCAUGACUCAACUAUAUUACAAAUAACUAGUUUACCUGAUUUAUACAAAGUAUUUGAAAGAUGCUAA